AAAGAAAUUAUGGAACAAAUUAAAGUUGUGACAUCAUGGAUUCCUUCCUCACCAGAUUUCGUAGGGUCUUCAAUACCUUUGAGUUUGUUAUGAUUAUGAGCAGUUAUCUUUUUCCUAUAUUACUCUAAGGCAAAGACCAAGAAAGAGCUUGCUGUCAAGGAUGAAAGGAUAAAGAGUCUUGAAGAUAAAGUGAAAUCAUUAACAGAACUGCUGAAAAACAAGGAUCAUAAAAUUAGUCAACUAAUUUACACUCAUGAUUCAUUCGAUCCUUUAGAAACAUCAGAGGACAGUGAAGGUCUCUAUGUGCCACCAUCUGUUUAUUUUCCUAAACAAAAUAAACUGAAACGGGGUGAUACACCUUCUAUCGAUUGCCCCACUGAAAUCUCGAAGGAUUGUGAACACUCAACUUAUCAGAAAAUGAACGUCACAUUUACUUCUUUAAGGAAGUCAGAAGGAGACACUAUCUUUCUCUAUGAAGAAGAAAAGCCGGCCCUUUCUUCCUUUGAGCUGACCAACUUGAAAGAGUUCAAGAGGCUCUUAGAGGAAUCUGAAAAUUGGCAGGUAGUCAAGAAGUUUGAAAAAUCUAAAUGUAGCCUUGAGGUAAGAAUCUCAGACGUUAUCACGAACGGUACUCCAUAUUGCAAGAUGAGCUGUAUAUUCGAAGGAAUCAAACCUAAAGAAGUCUUUAGACUCUUCAGUGAAGAUAUCCUUGACCAAGAAUCUUGGAAUCCUCAUUGUAACAGCGUUGAUGAGUUCAUUCCAGAACAAGGCGUACGAAUUCUGAGGACAAGAGUCAAGCUCCCUCUGGUUUCUAAUAGAGAGUUUAUCGAUAGGACUGCUGCUUUUUAUUAUCCGGAAGAUGACAAAUCUCUUCAUAAAGAAUGCGAUAAUUCUAACGGAACUAAGCCAAAAUACUACUCAUUUUGCCAAUGAGUCUCACCACAAGAAUUCAAUUACGAGCAUGUAUUCCCUCAAUCAAAAGAUUAUGUACGAGGCGUUGUCUACUUUAACGGAUAUUCAUUCGAAGAAUGUGAAAAUGGGAACUCUACACUACUAACCCAAAUAAUCCAAUCUGACGUAAAAGGGAGUAUCCCAAAGUUUAUCAUCAACAGAGUGACUCCUAGCGGGAUGUACGACCUGGUUGUUAACCUUGAUAAGGCUCUUCGGGGGCAUGAAUAAAUCUUCACUAAUUUUCAACCUA